CUAUAUAAAGUAAUCCCCUCUCAAGUGACUUUCACUGAAGUGAAGGAAGAUAGUUAUUCAGAAACACUACUAGACAAACACACAAUCAGCUAUGUCGCCAAACAACAAGUGGAUAGGGAGGGCCCUGAAUGCCAGCCUGUUGUACCUGGUGUUAUUUGUGUGCCUGGCACGCACCGCUACUCUGGACGAAGAAGAUAUUGAGAUUGAUGAUGAGGAGGAGGAAGACCUGGAGUAUGAGUACAGUAUGAAACAAGACAGACACACCUGUGGAAGCAGCCAAACUGGUCAGUAUCCAUUCUGUAAGGACAAGGACCAGGUCAUUCACCACUACGUCCACACAAGGGAUGAGUGUGGAGAGACAGACUUCAAGAAAGUGCGGGCGGAAAUGCAGCUGAUGAUCCAGGAACGACGAAAGAAGAUGAAGGAGAUAGCACACUCUGCAAAAUUAAUAAAGAACAAUGUGGAGAGGGAGAAAGAGGACACUGUGCUGUUCCUGACUGAAAUGGCACGGCUUGUUGAGAAGACCUACGUAGAAGUCAUUGAGGAGAUUGAAAAGAAGCAGAAAGCAGCAACAACCCGGGCUACAGAGCACAUUCUAGAGCUAACACAUGAAAUCUUUAAACUACAGGAGAGAAGCACUCAACUGGAGCAGCUCUCACACACUGAGGACCACCUUCACCUUCUACAGAUGUUCCCAUCCCUGUGUACCCCACCGGCCACCAUCGACUGGUCUGAGGUCAGCAUUCACAGUGAUCCCAGUGUGGGGGCUGUGAGGAGAGGUGUGAACAAGAUGAGGAAAGCACUCAAUAGCGAAGAGAACAGGCUGUCUACUGCUGAGUUGGGAAGGAUUAAGAAGUGUGCAGUGAAUGUGACUCUGGACCCUGAUACAGCACAUCCGUACCUCAUCGUCUCUGCAGAUGGGAAACAAGUGAGAAUUGGAGAUCUCCGGCAAAAUGUCACAGAUAGCCCUGAAAGGUUUAAUUUAGUUGUUAAUGUCCUAGGAAAGGAGGCCUUCUCCUCAGGGAGAUUCUACUAUGAGGUGCAGGUGAAAGGUAAGACUAGGUUGGAUUUAGGAGUGGCCGUAGAGUCCAUCAACAGGAAGAGUGGGGUUGUCACCCUGAGCCCUGGCCAUGGAUACCUGGCUAUAUGUCUAAGGGAUGGGGAUAAAUAUGUAGCUGCUGACAACCCUGCUGUCCUCCUCUCUCUUAGUCAGAAGCCCCAGAAGAUAGGGGUUUAUGUUGAUUAUGAACAAGGCCAGGUCUCCUUCUAUGAUGUGGAUAACAGGUCUCAUAUCUACUCUUUCACCGAUUACACUUUCAAUCAGAAACUCUAUCCAUUCUUUAGCACCGGCACUGACGAUUACGGUGAAAACUCAGCCCCAUUAGUCAUUACCCCAGUCAAUCAACAACUGAGUAUUCAUUUCCCAACUUUUGACAAAGCCUGAAAGUGGAUAAAAGGCAACUUACAAUGUGUAUUACCACUGAGUAUACAAAAUAUUAGCAACACCUUCGUAAUAUUGAGUUGCACCCCCCACU